AUGGAAAAGGAAACCAUGGAAAACGCACUGGACCAAUCCCAAAAGGGACGAGGUCGACUUUCCUACGGGACUGACCUUUUGCAAUUGCACGACGAAGAACCUACGGCACCUUCCAAAGGACCUAAGUCACUCCUAAGCAAAUACUGCAAGGAUUAUGGUCUAUACUUCCCUGAGAAAUCUCAGGAAGCGUUGGACCAGGAGGUCUGGAACCCUAAAAAGCUCAAGAAAUGGAAGGAGCUGGUUCGCCAAGAAAGACCCUUAGUGGUCAUCUUGCGGCAACGAUACCGCUACGAUCCUGGCAGCCCAAGUCGCCAGACGUUUCACGAAGCCCUGCUCUGGACUCUCAGAGAACAAACCAGACAGGGAAGGUAUUGGAUCCUGGGACAUCCACACGGAAAAUCCCUGUGGAAAGACUGGCAAAUAGCAGAAGAGAUGCAUGCAGCAAAAGCAUCAGCCGCAAUUCUGCGAAUCCAGUCAACAGGAAGUGAACCAAUCAGAUACCAGUGCGUAGGUAACCACGAGUAUCUCACAGAGAGCCUGGUGCCAACAGUAAAUGAAGCUGGACAGGCAAGAGAAAGCUUGCUUCACGCCAUCCUGAACGGCAUCAGAAGAGUGGUAAGAAACCGCGACCCGACAAGGUUUCAAGAGGCCCACGCUAGACCAAGACGCUCAGUCGCGUGUGGAGAAUGGGAUCGCAACAUAGCCACCGCUCCAACGGCCACGUCAUACUACACCGACCUGGCCAGAGACACAACGGUGUGGAGACAAGUAAUGGGGCAGGUGCAAGACUUGUUUCGCACCAGCUCAGUUAAGCAGAUCACUCUCACAGAAGGAAAUGAUCUGUUUCAAACACUGACCGGGUUGAUUCCCUGGGAAAUAAGCAAAAUCCAAGUAGCCCGAGCGCCAGCUGCUCGAAGGUUACCAGUUAACUUUCCAUAUACGCAUCGAGCUGCCGUCAUCCUGUACUCAGACGACUCGAUAGCGGUGGAAAGCGAGGACAUCCAGAACAUCGCAUUCCCAAGGCAGAGGUUCGUGAGACCGGUCAAGUACGCCAUCCUGGCAUACGGAAACGCGCCAACAGACGAAGAAGACUCCCGACAACCUGAGACGGAAGUACCUCAGAGUGAGACAAGAGGAGCAGAGAUCAGUUUCCCGGACUGCCGAGUUCCAAGAGACAUCAAAAGGGCAGUGGCGAGACUACACGUGAACCUGGGCCAUAAAACAUCGACGGAUCUCGUCCGCAUGUUGGUCUUACACGGCUCAAUCACGACGGAGGCGCUAUCCGCAGCAAAGAAAUUGAAGUGUGCCAGCUGCGAGAGAAUGAGACAGCUGCCACACAAUCGACCAUCCAAAACGGUCAAGUACCUGGGACAGCUGAAUGACAACGUCCUGGCAGAUUUGUUCUACGCGAGAAAUAUCAAAGGUGUCGAAGUGGACUACGUUCCUCCAGAGGCUCACCACCGGAUGGGCAAGGUGGAGAGAAACAACUCGGUCUUCAGGGAAAUCCUGAAUCGAACCGCAGAUGCCACUGGCGCGGUGACAACUGAAGAAAUGAACGAGGCCGUGGACUCCUGCAUCCACGCAGUCAACUCGAUGCCAAGGUCUCGAGGAAUGUCGCCAUACGCCUGUGUGUUCGGGCAAGUUCCCCGCGUACCGGGAGAAAUCCUGACGGACGAACACAGCCUGGCAGUAGACGUUGACGGACAGCAACAUCGGCUACGCUCGAUGAUCUUCCGAGCAGAGGCCCAGAAGGCAGCGGCAGACGUCAACGUAGACACCCACCUCCGACGCGCACUUCUAAGGAAGACAGCGCACAUGAGGGUGGAUGACAUUCCCAUCGGAGGAAAAGUAGCAGUAUGGAGAGAACAACUCCGUGGAAAAUCCACCAAGAAACGCGGUGGCUACGUGAUAGGACGACUAAUCACGUGGGACGGAACAUGCGCCUGGGUCCAGAUUGGGUGGCAGACAGUCAAGGUCGACAGGGCACAAAUGAGACCAGCCCUAGGCUUCGAAAACUGGACGCCAGACACCGACGACAUAACUGCCCUCAAACAGGCAGAACAGAACUUCCUAGACGGUGAAGUGGAAGAAGACCACUCAGAUCCACCACCUCUAGACGAACCAAUAGUUCCCCAGGUGAUGGACUACGGAACUUACGGCGCUGAGGGAAGUGACAUCCUCCGACUACCCGAAGCAGUCGGUGCGUACCAAAGGUCAGAAGGAAUCCAAUCAGAACCGUAUGGACCAUCGAGGAGAACCAGUAAGAUUAGCAGCAUCGGCGCUCCAACGCCUUACUCCAAACCCGACGCUGCAAAUAAACCACUUCCGGAACUAGCUCCACGUCCAAGCCAGUCAGAGUCAUCUCAAGGAAUAAAACGAGCAGUCGAGCAAGAACUGCCAGACUCCGACUCCCAAGAGACCAAAAGAAUUGCAGUCGAAGACGUGGAAGGAGAACCAACACCAGCAGGCGACCCGACACAAGCCCCUGCUGCGACUACAACCCUUCCUCCCGUUCCGGAAGAAAGAGUGGGAGCGUCUGAAGCGCUCUUAGGAUUGGUAGAAACCAACCCAGGGCAAUUCGAACUGGAUGAGCCAGGAGAUGACGGAUCGCCGCCAUUAGCAGCAAGAUCCGAACGAAUGAUCAAUCUACCUGAGGUCUUCAAGUCAGAAUACGACGGUCCUACUCUGGACGCAGAUGACAUGGACCAGGUAGAAGAUUGUCAUCCGGACUGGGAAAUCUGCUACGCAGGCGACCAGACCCAGCUAGUCAAUCCGACCACGCUGACAAGAAAGGAACAAAAAGCGCUGGACAGAGAAAUCCCGUGGAGAGAAAUCGUUUCCCGCGGAGGAGAUUAUCUAAAGCAGUUCGUGAGCGCGGCCCAAAAAGAAUGCACAAGCUGGAAGCAAUGGGGCCCAGUAGAACCAAUGACGAGCAAAGAAGCACAAAAAGUGCUGGGCGACCCCAUCCUGCGAAAAAGGGUACUAAAGGCCCGUACCUGCUACCGCGACAAAAACAUCGGCAGAAGCCCGCUCAAACCAAAGGCAAGGGUAGUUGUCCUUGGACAUCGGGACCCCGACUUGUCCUGUAUAAACCGUGACGCGCCAACACCAUCACGGACUAGUGAGAUGGUGCUCCUCACUGUGUUUAUCUGUGGCGUAAACGGAGGAUAUGGGGUAUCCAGCGAAUGGCAGCUGUACGCAGCGGACGCCUCAACAGCGUUUCUGCAGGGGCAGCAGCCGACAGACGAAAGGCCCGGAGAACUGUACAUGAUGCCACCUGAGGACCCGAUAAUGGGCCAGGUUGAGGACGGAUGGAACCAUCCCAUGUACAGGAUCGUUGGAAAUAUCUAUGGGCUAGCAAACGUGCCCAGGUUGUGGGCACAAGAGGUCAUUUCAAAAUUGACCGCGGCCAACUUCAAGGCGCACACCCUGGACCACAUGCUCUUCCUUCACAGGGAUGAGAAGCAGCAGGUGAACUGCGCUAUCAUUGUGUACGUCGACGAUUUCUUAAUCGUUCGACAUGAAUCAUUCCCCCUCGAGAUCCUCACAAACAUGUUUAAAUGGGGAGACUGGACCGAGGUGAGACAGGGAAUCCGAUUCAAAGGGAAGAACAUCAGAAUGACCAAGGACCAAGAAACAAAGGAAUGGAUCUUGACAAUCGACCAAGAAGACUUCAUUACAGGCAUGACCAUCGGUCAGGUGCCCAGAAGCCGAAGCCAAUCAGAUCCAACCCUGACAGCAGAGGAGUUGACGGAAUUCCGAUCCUGCUGUGGGAGCCUACAAUGGCUGGCAGGCCAAACCAGGCCAGACAUUGCAUCGGCAGUAUCCCUCUCGAGCAAAGGACUAGAAACGAAGAUAGAUGACCUCAAACGUCUUUAUCGGUUGAUGUCCUACGUAAAGGCAACCAGCGACGUCGGUAUCACACUGAAACCCAUCAAGUUGUGUUCCGAGACAAUCGUAGUGUCAUACGGCGAUUGUAGCUGGGCCAAUGCCGAAGGGAUGAAAAGCCAAGAGGGAAUCAUCGUGGUACUGUCCUCAAGUGACUGCCUUGAGGGACAAUCACGCUGCAUCCCAAUGGACUGGAAAACAUGCCGAACACCCAGAGUAGUAAGAUCAACUCUGGCAGGUGAAGCGUACGCAGCAGACGACGCGAUAGACAGAGCUCAUCACGUCAAUGCGACGCUGACAGAAAUCCUUACCGGUGAUUCAAUCUUGAACACAGGACCGAUCCUGAAACACGCCCACGCGACGGACUGCCGUUCGCUGUUCGAUUCGGUCAUCAGUUCAAACCCGAACACCGAGGAAAAGAGGGUGCUCUUGACGAUCCGAGCGAUCCAAGAGGCACUAGACUCCAGAAUGAUGCGAUGGGUGCCCACGGACAAGAUGAUAGCAGACAUCUUGACCAAGGAUUCUGACAACCUACGGUGGAGUUUCCUUCCGUGGAUGAAAGACCCAACGUGUCAGCUCAAGCGAAUCGCUGAGUGA